AUGGGAGAGAUAUUUGAAUAUAAAGGAGAUAGUGAAGAGGAAGAGAAGUAUAAAAUUAAACAGGCAUUUGAGGAAGCAGAUUUAAUCCCUCUGGAAGAUCCAGAUGAAUUAGACGAAAUUCACUCAGAAGCAAUUUAUACCAGUAGAUUACUUAAAUAUGAUAAUCUAACCAGAGCAG